AUGUCGACCGUCGAAAUACGUGAAAUAGAUAACAAUAAGUGCUGCACUUCCUUUACUGACUCGUCUAUGGAGUUACGCGUCAAACGUCUUAGCAAUAAAGCUAAACUACCAGUUCGUGGUUCUAAGUUGGCAGCAGGCUAUGAUUUGUAUAGUGCAGCAAAUAUAGUUAUUCCGGCUAAGGGAAAAGCUGUUGUUCCUACAGAUAUAUCUAUUGCAGUUCCUCUAGGAACUUACGGACGGGUUGCUCCAAGAAGUGGACUUGCUUCAAAACAUUUCCUUGACUGUGGUGCCGGUGUCGUUGAUGCUGAUUAUCGCGGGCCGCUUGGUGUACUCAUGUUUAAUUUUAAUGAUGUUGAUUAUCACGGCAUUGAAGGAGAGCGUAUUGCCCAACUGAUUCUUGAACGGAUAUACAAUCCAUGUGUCAUCGAGGUUGAGAGUUUAGAUGAAACCGAUCGUGGAAGUGGUGGAUUUGGGUCUACCGGAAAAUAUCAUAAAGAAUUUUAA